UUUUUGUUUAAAGGGUGAGACUCUAGAUGGAAAAUCUCCUGCGGUGAUCGACUAUACGCCCUACCUGAAGUUCACACAGAGCUACGACUACUUCAGCGACGAGGAGGACCGGCGCAGCGUGGACAGCAGUAACAGUGAGGAGAGCGUCUCCGAGCACCCCUACGUCCCGCUGGUGACCGACGAGGAGAGCUGGAGCAACAAAUGUCGCAAGAUGGAGCAAAGGUUUAAGAUCGUCUAUGCUCAAAAGGGUUAUCUGGAGGAGCUGGUGCGUCUGCGAGAGUCGCAACUGAAGAACGUGGAGACAGAAAACAAGCAUCUGAGAGCAAAGGUGGAGGAGCUGACGAUGCAGGGUCAGCAGGAGAAGAAGGAGCUGGAGGCCGUCGUGCUGGAGCUGCAGGCUCAACUCUCCGCCCUCACACCUUGCGAUACUUCUCAUCUGGCUAAAGAUCUUUCCAUCCCUUUGAUCAACCAGUGGUCUGACAUUGCAAACAACCAAGGAGACGUCAAACUGUUCCGCAGGAGGAGUUUCCACAGUCUGGAGCAGCUUUCUGCUGAAGUGAGUCUGAACUCUGACUCCCAGAAGACUGAUGGCAGACAAAAUGGAGACGCUGCCUGGAACUCAGCAGGAAAGGACAACACCCCCUCCAUGCUGGGUCUGUGCGGCUCGCUGGCCUCUCUGCCCAGCUCCAAGUCCCUGGCGAGCCUGAAGUCCAGCGAGUGUCUGGUGAACAUCAGCACCGAGCCCAGCCCCGCGCUCUCCCCCAGCUAGGAGCUCCGGACGGAUCCGACCCACAGCCUGUUUGCCUGGUGAUGCUGCUCUGACCCACGUCCUGCUCCCUACACCUCCUCCGUCGAACAAAAAGAACAGGAACGUCGUGAGUUUUUGUACGCGAGACACCGUCAUGAAGCUAAAACGAUGCGUUUGUUAGAUUCUUUGCCUUAUCCACUCAACGUUUUGCUUUUGACCUCCAACACCCUCUAGUAUCCGACAUCAUAUAAACUUUCUCCGAAGCAUCCGGUUAUCUUACUAUGUGUUUUGUUUUUGCAUCUCAGUAUUCUCACCGUGACUCCAUCUGUGUUUUUCAGCAUCUUCAGCCUGUUUUAUUGAAUCUAAACCAAAAUAGCACAUGUAAAGACAGACAGAACGGUCAGUUUGUAAGGUCGGGAGGUUUCACAAAACAUGUCGGAGAGUACAGGAUGUGUGGCUGAGUGGGAUCAGGGUCUAAAAUCCUGUCAAAGUGCAUAUCAUUACAGUGUGUCUAAUCUAAAACUGUCAAAGUAUAUUUAAAUUUGUGCAGCUAUUUAUUGAUUACAAGCUAUUAUUGUUCACGUGUUUUCCUUUAGUCCGGUUAGAUUCUGAGGACAUGCAUACUGAUUUUACUGGUUUUAUGUUGCAAUAAACUGCCUUUUUCCAUUA